AUGGCUGCUCACCUGGUAAAACGAUGCACAUCCUUCCUGAAAGAGGCUGCCCGUGUAACCCCUGCCAUGUUUCCAAUUGGCCAACUGAGACUUGCUGGAGUAGCCCAUAGGACUGUGACUUCCUCAGCUACAUCACCCAAUUCCCACUUCCCAGGUUCCUUGACGGAGCUUGUGGAGAAGGAUCCAGUGUUUACUCCCUACCCAGAGCACCAGGAAGUGGACCGGCUCAUUGAAAAGGCCACCAAGCCAGAGGAGCUUUUAGAACUACCUGGUGGUGAUCACUGUUUACACCAAAACCAUGCUGCUCUCAUCCUCAUUCAGCUCUCACGCCUGCUGUCUGAGAAGCCAGAGAACAAAGCCUCUUUGAAACAGGAUGCCCGCUUUCAGCAGCUUCUCCACCUUGUCAACACUCAGAUAACUUCCAUCUGGCAUGGGACCCUCGUGAAACUGCUCCGGAGUCUCUAUGCACUGGCACUCCCUAAGACCUCCAAGGAGCUGCUGUCAGUGGAGCAGGAGGUCCGCUGGCGCAUGCGGAGGCUCAAGUACAAGCACCUGGCCUUCCUGGCUGAGUCGAGCACUGCCUUUAUGCAGGAGCGAGACUCACAGGAGCUUUUGGCAGAGCUGCUUAUGCACCUGGAGAGACGCUGGGCCGAAAUUGAAGAUGGCCGCACAGUAGUGGCCAUGAUGAUGAAAAUGGGCCAUCUCUCAGAGCCACUGAUGAACCGUUUAGAAGACAAGUGCCUGGAACUGGUGGAACAGUUUGGUCCUGAUGAUCUGCGAAAAGUGCUAUUGGCUCUAGCAGCACAGAACCGACGGUCGGUGCCCUUGCUGCGGGCCAUCUCCUAUCACCUGGUCCAGAAACCCUUUACGCUGACGAAAGGCAUCCUUAUGGACCUGACCUAUGCCUAUGGCAAACUCAACUUCCAUCAGACCCAGGUGUUCCAGAGACUGGCAGCUGAUCUGCUUCCCCACGUGCCCAGCUUGACACCCAGUGAGGUGGCCCGCUGCGCCAAAUCCUUGGCCUUUCUCAAGUGGCUUAAUCUGCCCCUUUUUGAAGCCUUUGCCCAGCACAUCCUGAACAAAGCCCAGAAUGUUAUGCUGCCACAUCUGUGCAACGUGGUCCUGGCUUUUGCUCGUCUGAACUUCCAUCCAGAACAAGAAGAUCGGUUCUUCAACCUGGUGCACAAGAAGCUGGCAUCAGAAUUGGAAGGCUUGAGCCCAGCUCUGCAAGUGGAUUUGGUAUGGUCUCUGUGUGUGCUACAGCAGGUGCAAGAGGCAGAGUUGCGAGCUGUCCUCUGCUCCAAAUUCCACACCCAGUUUCUAGGUGAGGAAUCUCCAAAGGAUCAGCGUGUCUUUCAGAAGCUGCUACACAUCAACGCCACUGCCCAGCUGGAGCACCCUGAGUACACAGGCCCCCUCUUACCAUCCGUGGCCUUGGGUCCCAGGCCCACAGCCCUUGACAAGAAGGUGACCCCUUUGCAAAAGGAGCUGCAGGAGACCCUGAAGGGUCUGCUGGGGAGUGCUGACAAGGGCUGCUUUGCAGUGGCCACGCAGUAUGGCUGGGUUCUGGAUGCUGAGGUGCUACUGGACACUGAGGGCCAGUUUCUGACCCUGAGGGACUUUGUUGCUCCUCAUCUUGCCCAGCCAGCUGGCAGCCAGGCACUGCCCCCUGGGGCCAAGAGGCUGGCUUUCCUGCGGUGGGAAUUUCCCAACUUCAGCAGCCGGAGCAAGGACUUGCUGGGUCGUUUCUUCCUGGCUCGGCGCCACAUGCUGGCUGCUGGCUUCCUAGUUGUUGAUGUUCCUUAUUAUGAAUGGAUGGAACUCAAGUCUGAAUGGCAAAAAGGUGCCUACCUCAAGGACAAGAUGCGCAAAGCUGUAGCAGAGGACCUGGCCAAGUGA